UUCAUGAAAUAUUCUUCGCAACAAAUUUCUUUAUCUCAGUUUGAUUAUCAUGCCCACAAGAAACUGAUUAUACCUCAAUAUGUUUUACAAAACCCACACUGCUCAUUCUUCAUUAGUUUUCCAGAAGCCAUUGAGGAAGUUGAUUACCUAUACAAAGUGUUUCUAAAUGUCGUUCCACUUUGUUAUCAUGUGUUUGGCAAUUGCGAACAGCGAGAUUAUGAGAACUGAAGCAUCAAUGGUUCAAGAAAGAGAGGAACAUAUUAAAAAUAGCGACAAGCAAUGUAACACGUCUGUUUGUAAAGAGGCUGUGGCAAAAAUGCUUUCUUCAAUCAACUACUAUGCUGAUCCUUGCGAAGAAUUUCAUGAGUAUAUUUGUGGAAAUCAGAUAACGGAUAACAAACCAAUGUCCAAAAAACAUUUGGGCCUGCUUCGUCGGUAUUUCAAGAAAAACGGUAAUGCACAAUCUGAAAAAUAUAUACUUGAUUUCCGAAGAUUUUACGAAAGCUGCAUUGCCUUCGAUCCGACCUUCGAUUUCAUUGAAAAUAUGAAGUUCA